AGGGAGAACCGAUUUGAAGGUGGUGGGUUUUUGUUUUAGAGAACAGAAUGGAAUCGAAUUUUCAUUGUUUCUAAACUCAAAUUGAAAGAAAACUACAUAAGGGAGCCUGUGCAAAAAUGAGCAGCAACUCGAGCAAGUCUGCCAAGAAACAGUCCUGCCCCAAGGAGGUGCACAUCGAAGACGUCCGCCUGGGCGAUAGCUUGAUGGAGGAUAUGGGUCGUCGUUGUAUGAGCGAGGUCUUUGCGGAUGUGUGGUUCUGCGUCGAGGACCAGCGACUGCCUGCCCACUGUGUGAUUUUGGCCGCACGGAGUGACUUCUUUCGCGAACUUCUGCAAGGCUCUAUGCCAAAGGAUCGUCAGGUACCCCUGGAGGUGGCAUUGGCACCCUUCAAAGUGAUCUUGGCGUACAUUUACACGGGCACACUUUCAAUCUCUACUCUACCCUUGGUUGCCAUUGUCGAUGUGUUGGGCGUAGCCCGUCUAUACGGAUUGGAGAAAGUAGAGAUGGUCCUAAACAAACGUCUCGAACAGAGUCUGCACCUCAACAAUGUGUUCACGGUGCUAGGUGCAGCGCGUCGCAACAGUCUGGAAGAUUUGGCCGAACGAUGCUUUCAGUUCAUGGACCGAAUGGCGUCCGAACUUCUCAAAGAAGAGUCCUUCCUAAUGGUGUCCAAAGCAACACUUGCGGAAGUCCUGACCCGCGACACCUUCGUUGUCUCAGAGGAGGCGAUCUUUUCGAUUGUAUGCGAGUGGAUUGGCCGUCAUCCGAUGGAGAACAUCCAGUCGCUGUUCUCCUUGGUGGGACUGCCCCUCACGAGUGAGGAAGAUCUAGUGGUGCGUCCCGCGUCCCGCGGCCACGUAGAACCUGAGAAUAUUCCCAAGUUUGUGCCCUGCCAUACCACCUUGUGGCCAGAGAAGGAUGUGGCCUUUGAUAAAUAUUUUCUGCGGCGUAUCAGUGGCAGCCACAAUGAGCCAAUGAUUGAUCUGAGGCACUGUUAUAGGAUCAAUUUCAUAAGCGUCAUAGAACGGCUAAAGUCUGCGGAGAUCUGCUACGAUGUGGAGGUCUCUUGCGAUCGGAAUCGGUGGGAUCGUGUGGGACGGAUGAUGCCAGGUGGAAUGCCGUUACCCGACGUUUGGAUAAAUAUCUACUUUGCGCUGCGCCCCAUUCGAUUUAUUCGAAUUGUGAAUCCCGAAAAUGGACGCAAAGACUUGCUAAAUUACUUCGAGUUGAAGGCCAAGCACACGACGAAGAUUUUAUAGAUGAUUCCAAUAGACAAUCUUUUGCAGCAAUCCCCCAAACUUGUCCGGCAAUUCAACAGCUGCCUCAUUUCGCACAGGAAGUCGGGGGAAGCCUUAUCUGACAGAUACAAAAAGGCAAAUGCCGCAAAAUGAUGGGACUUUGUUGGUUUCGAUGUUUAAUAUUGUUUAUGAUUUGAAUCAUUUGUUUGUAAUUGGAUCUUGAUAAUUGCCCGGUGGACACAGGGUGACACAGAAACUCCCCCAUCCCCGACACAUCCCGACACAUCCAUAAGAUUAGACGCAUCUUAUCAGCGGUUCGUGCAGCUAAGCAAACACAUUGAGUUUACGUGUAUUUAUUUGUUCAACUGGCAAAUAUUAAAGCUCCAUCCAUCCAGUCGCAUGAUAAUCGACAAAGGAAAGGGGUGGCAAUUUGCAUAGUCGGAUCUUUGUGUGGAGAACUUCCUGUAAACAUGGGAAAAAGUUGUUCCUUUAAGAGGGGGAACACAGGAAAAGUAAUGAAAAACUCAUAUUUUUAUUGUACUUUACAAAACAAAAGUCUGAGAACAUCAAAUCCAUUGUCACAUAAAUGUUUUUGCUUAAAUUAUAUUUGUCUUUACGUU